CCGUGCCCACUGAACAUAGUUAUUAUUUUCAGAGAAAGUUUCGACUGGAAAUGUCACCUGAUUAGGAUUCAAAGAACUUUUUUUUAAUCUUUCUCCCCACCCCCACCGAUUAGAAGACCGCCCACCACAGACAGUCGUCCAGAGACCCCUUAUAGAUUUAAAAAGAGAGCCUGCAUUCACAGACUGACAUUCAUUCAACACAGCGAUCGUAAGCAGAUUAGUUUCCUACUGCCUCGAUUUUCUGUAUCCUGAGAUCACUUUGCCUUUGCCAUGAAAAGGAUGCUUAAACAAGACAAACUCCACCCGGGCUUGCUCUUAAUAUUUAUCUGCCUCUGUCAUUUCAUUGAAGAUCACAAAGUGCAGGCUGGUAACUGCUGGCUACAACAAGGCAAGAAUGGAAGAUGCCAAGUCCUGUAUAUGACUGGUUUGAGCAGAGAAGAAUGCUGUAAAAGUGGCAGACUUGGCACGUCGUGGACGGAAGAGGACGUGCCAAACAGUACGCUGUUCAGGUGGAUGAUCUUCAAUGGUGGCGCUCCCAACUGCGCGCCGUGCAAAGAAACAUGUGACAAUGUGGACUGUGGUCCUGGUAAAAGGUGCAAGAUGAACAAGAAAAACAAGCCACGUUGUGUGUGUGCUCCUGAUUGCUCAAAUGUGACAUGGAAAGGACCGGUGUGUGGGUCUGAUGGCAAAACCUACAAAGAUGAGUGUGCAUUGCUGAAGGCCAGAUGUAAAGGACACCCAGACCUUGAAGUGCAGUACCAGGGCAAAUGCAAAAAGACUUGUCGAGAUGUUUUGUGUCCAGGAAGCUCUACCUGUGUAGUAGAUCAAACUAACAAUGCCUAUUGUGUCACAUGCAAUCGGAUUUGCCCGGAGCCAACCUUACCUGAACAGUACUUGUGUGGAAAUGAUGGUAUAAUUUAUGCAAGUGCAUGUCACUUGCGAAGAGCCACCUGUCUGCUAGGCAAAUCCAUAGGAGUAGCCUAUGAGGGAAAAUGUAUAAAAGCUAAAUCCUGCGAGGAUAUCCAGUGCAGCCCCGGGAAGAAGUGCCUGUGGGAUGCGAGGAUGAGCAGAGGCCGCUGUGCUCUCUGUGAUGAAGUUUGUCCGGAAAGUCGAUCCGAUGACGCGGUCUGCGCCAGCGAUAACACCACAUACCCAAGCGAGUGCGCCAUGAAACAAGCAGCGUGUUCCUUGGGCGUGCUCCUGGAAGUUAAGCAUUCGGGAUCUUGCAACUUUAUGACUUCCUAGAUUAUGUAAAUCUUAUUGCAUAACAAGCAGAUGCCACAGAGCACCAGUAACUGCCAAGUCACAUAAACACACAAGGCUAUAGUGUGGCUGUACAGAGGGCUUUGAAAACAUGCAGUGAGCUUCUACGGUGCAUGUAAUCCUUAUUUAUGCAACAGCUCCCGUGUGUUCCCCAUAUAGCCAUUACUGAAGAUGAGGAAGACGAAGAAGAAGAUGAAGACCAGGACUACAUGACUACUUUCCAUAUAUCUCCGUUACUGGACUGGUAAACCGCCAUCACUGUUGGAACAGCCUUUAGGGCAAGGAACCGUGUCCAUACUGUAAAUAAGUGUAUACUUAUUUAUUUAAAAAGAAAAAAGUAUACGUAUAGUUGAGUCUGCUAGAGGUUUAUUUAUACUGUGAUGUGUUUCUUAAUUUAUACAUUUAAAAUAUCUGGCUAAUUAUAUACCUUGUUUUUUUUUUGUAUUUUUUUUUUCCCUUUCUUUUCUAUUUUGAAGAAAUAUAUACGUCCAAAGAGCAGUGUUAUUUAUUAUGAGGUACUAAGAUACCAUGUAAAGUAUAAUUCUUCUGCAAGCUGUAAAUUGCAUUCCUGGAGCUGUAUAAAUCUGCUUAUUGCUUUAUUUUUUUGUUUGUUUCUCUCAAUAUCACAGACCUUUAAUUUCUCACAACUCCGCAUGUUAGUCUGCACAUUUAUUUAUUGGAAGUCUGUUAUGCAUUACUGUACAUAAAUGCUUCAGGUAUUGUUUACAACCGAGGAGUCACCAUUACUGACCAAAGGAGUUAUACUAAUCGUUCUGCAGAAGUGUAUGGUGCAGCACAUUGUGACGAUCAAAGAAAAGACUUUUUUUUUGUCUGAAAGCAAAGUUAUUUUUGACUGCAACUAAUGGCGGAGUACUCACGUUGAGUUUCAACUCUCAGUCGCUGCAAUCUGAGCAGAUUUCCCACUUUUAAAAAUAUCCAUCGCAUGUGGGGAAAGGCUAGAUCUGCUCACCUCGUGCCAUCUCGUGUGUGUGUGUGUGUGUGAGUGUGUGCAUCACUUGCUUCCUGAUUCUGAAGAAGAUUUUACUUUUCAGUUCUGAAUCGACCAUGUGCGCUGUUCUCCUUUCUUUUGUUUUGCAGAUUCAAAUGUACUGUGCCAUAUUCCUCUUGCAAGGUUCAUGAAAUAAUCGAGAAACAGUUAACAGUGUCAACUAAGACUAUAUCAUACUUUAUGAAAAUGUUGUCAUUUGUUGUUUUGCAAAAAUGCAGUUUUAUGUUGUUAAUGAUAAUGCAGUUUGUUUUUAUUUUCAAACAUGACAAGUUAAAUACAAAUUCAGUUAUAAAUAUAUAGUUUUGUAUUUUUUUAUGUAAAUGUCAAAUGUAUAUAAAAAGUUAUAAUAGUAUUUGUACAGACAUAAUGAGUGAAUCAAUAAAACUUGGAAUUUUCCUUAA